AAGAUGUAUAUGGGCGCUCAAUGGUCGCUUCAAAAUCUGACCUUUUCCAUCUUUUUUAUUCAAAAUAGGGUGACAAGGUCAAAUCAAAACAUGGACUAGCCUCUCUCUCUCUCUCUCUCUCUCUCUCUCUGCCUCUUGAGACUAUAUUCUGCUGGCAUGUUUAUUUUGUGCUGUUGCUUCACAGAACACCCUUUUGAUUAACACAUUUGUUUUUGUCAUUAUUAAACUCGUUUCUUGGCCUAAUAUGCCAAAUGCUUCGCUGUUGGUUCUUGACAAGACUAAAAUUAUUCGGUUUAUUUAAAAGGGUUUAAUCAUAUGUUUAAGAACUGAUUAUUGGCUGUCCAUUUUCAUCACAAUUUCAAACUGCAGAAAACAUUUAAGCUGUGUGUAGCAUCGGAUUUCACUGUCGGUGGCAGAGCAGUGGUAGUUACAAUUUUGUUAGCAUUCACAAGAAAUCCGUUUGAGAUUAAAAAAAAAAAAGUUGAAAACAAUAAUCUCAACUACUUCUGUGAUUGCUGAAAAUUUUAUUUUUCUGCUUUUUUUUGCCCAGUAUAAAAGUUCAGUUAAUUAGUUGAUGGUUCAAACUUGAAAAUGGAUCAUCAUUCUGCAGCAGAUGAGAAUCAGAGAGCAACAGUUGAAAUCAGCAAGGAUGAGAAUGGGAUUUCGCAGGUGCUGCUACGGAGUCCACGUGGCGCAUCAGCAAGGGUCAGUCUUCAUGGAGGGCAGGUUCGAUCAUGGAAAACCGAACGGGGCGAAGAACUGCUGUUCACUAGUGCUAAGGCGAAUUUGAAGCCGCCGGCAGCUGUGAGAGGAGGAAUUCCCAUCUGUUUCCCGCAGUUUGGAAAACGUGGCUCGUUGGAGCAGCAUGGAUUUGCUAGGAACAGAAUAUGGGCGAUUGAUGAGAAUCCUCCACCUCUGCAGUCUGCUGAUUCCACUAACAAAGCAUUCAUUGAUUUGUUUCUCAAAUCACCUGAUGAUGAUCUCAAAAUCUGGCCUCAUAGUUUUGAAUUCCGGAUUAGGGUGAAUCUGAGCAUCGAUGGAUGCCUGAGCUUGAUCUCUCGCAUCCGCAAUGUCAACUGCAAGCCGUUUAGCUUCUCCUUUGCCUACCACACUUACUUCUCUGUCUCAGACAUCAGUGAGGUGAGGGUGGAGGGGUUGGAGACACUUGACUAUCUGGACAACCUGUGCAACAGAGAGCGUUUCACAGAGCAAGGCGACGCCUUGACAUUUGAAUCCGAGGUUGAUCGCGUUUACCUUAGCUCUAGAGACGCGGUUGCAGUGUUUGAUCAUGAGAGGAAGAGGACUUUUGUGAUGAGAAAGGAAGGGCUUCCUGAUGUAGUGGUUUGGAAUCCGUGGGAGAAGAAGGCGAGAGCGAUAGCUGAUUUUGGAGACGACGAGUACAAGCAGAUGCUGUGUGUGGAUGCAGCUGCUAUAGAGAAGCCGAUUGCACUCAAGCCCGGGGAGGAAUGGACGGGGCGAGUCGAGCUGUCUCUAGUCGCCUCCAUACAGUAGCUUCCUCAUGUUCAAUCUAAUAGGAAUUUUACUAACUAUGUAUGCUCUCUUGCAUCAGCUGCUGGUGGCCUUAUUUCUGUGUCACCUCAAAUAACAAUGCUCAAAGCAGAGGCCAAUAAUAUGUCAAAAGCCCAUUUUCCUGUGUUUUAUAAGAAUGGAUGGCAGAUUUUUUUCA